AUGAGCUAUUCCGUGGAGAUCAGUGCCAGUGUGGCCUUAAAGAUCAGCAAAAUCGGCGCAGACACGUAUCCAGAAACUGAAUCUGGCGCUUUGUUUGGACUCGACGCCAUUUCCGAUGAAACAGCAGAGAAAAAACACACCAUAAUAAAGACGUCCCAUGCCUUCCAAUUCCCAUCCUCCUACACAAAUGACGAGAUUUUCAACCUGAAAACGUCCAAUUCCAAAUACCAGAGCGAUGUGCUUGCCAAACUCAACAUCACCAACUCCGGCGUCAAGAUUUUGGGUUGGUUUUUGACCACCAACGGAGGCAAGUUUGUGAGCCAGUCUUUGAUUGAGUCAAUCAUUAAUUUGCAAAACCACAACGUCGAGGAGAACAGAGACUCGACUCCUGUGAUAGUUCUUGUUUUCGACGCCUUGAAAUCCAUGGAUGGACUUCUUAACUUGAAGGCCUUCAAAUUGAGCGAAUCUUUCAUGAAGGCCUGGAAGUCCGACCAAAGAUUCGUUUCCAAGAACCUGUACGAGAGCAGACUCACCUACAGAAACAUCUUUGAAGAAUUGCCAUUGAAGAUCAAAAACAACCAUCUUUCCAACCUCAAAGUCCAGGAGUUAAGUCCGAAACUCGAACAGGAUCUGUGUUUGGAGCUGACCGGUGCAACUCUGGCUUCGAUGAAGUUGACCGUGGAAAACCUCAACGAAGGUGUUGACAACUUCAACCACACUCUUGGAAACCUCAACUAUUACCAACGGAACCUCUCCAGAGAGGUUGCCAAGGUCAACCAAUGGAAACAGCAAAUAAAACACGAUAAUGACGAGAAGCUCAAGCUCAACCCUAGCGCAAAACUCACAGAGACCGAGAAAGACUGGGCCAAACACUUCAAGCUGCCUAUUCAGCCUUCCAAGUAUGAGAACCUGGUCAUGAGCAGUCUGAUCAACAACUAUUGCAACAGUCUUGAGACCGACGGGUCGAUCGAACAGGUGAAGACUACGAGCAUUGAGGAGUGUAAGUAG